AGUCGUCCGGUAACGAUAUCACGUGGAACAAUUGCGCGGGAGUUCCGAUACUUGAGCCGCCGUCAUUAUAGUAUACCUGUUUAUAUUGUAGUCUAUAUUGUAGUGUACACGCGGUUUUUAUUUUUUCUCUUAUGCUUAUCCAAAUCGUUCAUCAAUACGAGUAAAACACAUAUUGUAUUAUAUUAUAAUAAAAUAGAAUUCAAUUUUGUUUUUAAAUCAUCUCUACGACACUAUACACAUAGUAUACGCAUACACAUCAAUAGCAGCCAUCGAUCGGAUCGUUUUUUGAUUUACAUCACACUAAUACGACAUUAUAUUGCUGAAAGUAUCGGGCACUUGGAUCCUACCGACAUAUACACCGCGCACGAGCAAAACCGGAUAACGGAAACGACCGUCGGAUGUCUGUGGAACGGUCGUAAAGCAACGUCGGUGGUUUUGUCGUGAUGAGCGUGCGGGCGCUAUUGCGCGCGAUACUUUUGGCCGCCUUGGUCGCCGCGACAUGUCAAGCUGACGACACAACGAGCGAUUAUUCCGCCGCUGACUCUACAGACCGACCGGAGUCGACUGAAGACGAACAGGAAACUAAUAAAUCAGCAACAGCUAACCAAGGAUUAAAACCAACAAAAUACCAUUAUUAUCCACAUAACCAACACAUAUACCUACUACCUGAGUGUGCAGUUCAACAGGUGUGUAAUGCCGUGUAUGUAAGACUCAACUACACGCAGCCACUAUGCGCCUGUCCGUCCAGGUACAAAGAGCCGUGCUCGGCAUCCUUGAACGCUGAUGACCUACACACUACGGAACUGUCUACGGACCCAACAGGCAAAAUCCUCACGCUGGUCAAGACGUGCGAACCAGUGGCCGAAAUGAGGACGUGCCGUUCGCCGAGGGACUGGUCGCUGUUGGCCCUGCAAAACGUCCGCACCGGCAAGUCACAUUAUCUUGUCAUCUGCAGGUGUCCGCACACCAAUCUGUUAGAGGGCCCGAUGAGUCACGACCAGCCGACGUACGCCAGCGUCCCCGGCAUCAGAGUGUACGGCAUGAUGUGCGUGACCAAGAAUGGUGGCGGAGGCGGUCACCAGACCACGUUGGCGCCACCGGUCCACUCCAGUUCAGCGCCGAUAAACAAGCGACGGGCAAGGCCCCUGAGGACCCCCCGAUCGUUGGACGCCUUCUACAGGAGGUCUCCGGAAAGACAAUCGUCGCCACCAUUCCCUUGGCGCAGAGCCAUGCAGUUUAUCAAAUCCGUGCAAGAAGAAGAAUCGCUGAAAAGUAAACAGUCUUAAACCAUUCGAAGUCGAUACUGAAAACGGUUGAAUAAAAUUAAAAUUCGAUUAGCAAAUGCAUUAUAUUUAUUAUUAUACAAUAUUAAAAUAAUAAAAUGUAAUGAAGUCGCUCAACUUUUUUCUUUUACCUAAAAAUGAUUGAUCAAUUACUUACUUUUUUUUUAAUAGAUAUAAUUAAUAUACAACACACAACAAUAAAAUAAUAUCAAUGUAAUUUUUUUUCUUUUGUAUAACAAGGUGCUUUGUGCGUUUUAAAUGUUCUAUAAUAUUGUACAUAGCACA